AUGCCAAAACGUGUUAAACCGGAGAUCAGUGCAUCAGAAGAGAUUGAAUGUAAACGCAGAAAUACUCUCUUCAGGUUGAUUGGCUCAGAUAUUUCGGUUUUAAUAAGUUUUAUUGAGUCUGUCAGUGAUGAAAAUGUGGAUGAAAUCGUUACUGAUGCUAUACUCACAGGAGAUGUUAUGGGAAUACUUAAAUACCUAGAUACUGGCCAAGACCGAAAGCACACUGAGGUUAUUGCAGUCCUGAAGUCACUCUAUAUAAUUAUUUUGAGAUCAUCUCGUGAAUUGGCUGCUAGUUUUCCCACCUUGGCCAGGGACUUAGCUGAGGGUUUUCUGGAGGAUUCCCGCUUGUCAUUAUGUCUCAACUUGAUGUGGAAGUCACAGAGUGCUGAACUUCUAAAAGUUUCCUUACAGCUUUUGGCUACUGUUGUAACAGUGAGUGAGGAUUUGGCAAGAGGACUUUUAAGAUCUAUCGACUUCGAAAGUAAAACGAUGACUAAGUGUUCGAAAAGAAGAAAUCUGUUGGAUAAAUGUGAUGUCCGAACUUGCUUUAUAAAUUUUUUGGCUUCCUUCGUAUAUCUAAACAGCAACGUAGUUCUAAGGGAAUUAGUGGACAAAAAAGGUGCUUUGCAUUUACUUGUAUCUGAAUCGUUUGUGGACAAAUACUCAAAUGUGAUGCUGAUCUUAUGUGUCUUACAGAAAGUGGCAGAGAACAGGUCAGUAAGCAAGACUCAAAGGGCUCGUAUUUUUAAUCGAUACUGUCUCCAGAGAUUGGUAUCUCUUUACUUUUGGCGUGGUGAAGGGAAGAGCGUAAAUGAGGUGUUGAAGAAAGGCGAUGUUGAUGUGAAUGAGAAUGAAGUGUCCUCAGUCAGGUGCGCGGUACACAAACUUCUUCUUCAUCUCUUCACAUCCAGUCGUCUUGGAGUUGUAUUCUCAACUAAGUUUGACAGUGAAAUUCAGUACAACGGGUUAAUACUACAAUGUCUAACAUGUGCUCAGAUGGAUGGUGCAUAUAUGGAUCCUUUACGUACCGAACUAGUUGUCAAGGCACUUUGUAAAUGUCCAGACGUGUUUGUACCUUACCUAGAUCAUUUGGCUCCAACGCUUUAUCCUCGUGAUUCAUCCGGUUGGUUUGGUGUAAUGGACUUUGUUCUGCAGCUUUACCAGUCAGUUGGCAAAUACAUUCUUCAAUUCAUUGUAAAUGCACUAAGUUAUUCACUCACCGUCGAUGUUAUGGCGAAUGCUAUUACUAACUUCUGUGUUUUGUCACCAAAAAUGGUUGACCCAAUCAGUCAAGCUGUGAAGUAUAAUGAAUCCUCUAGGGUUAAAAUCAAAGCUGUUGAACUAAUGACCUGUUUAAGACAACAGUUGAAAAUACCAUUAACCUGGCUGACGUUAAACCAACUACCGAGCGGUACAGGUUUCACCUCUGAUCAGUUAAAAGCAAAGAUUGAGAUGUUUAUGCGUGAACGUUUACCCGGGACAAAAUGGUUGAAUCGUUUCAAAAAGGUAUUUGAUGAGACUUUGAACGAUCAAAGCAUAUUGGCUGAUCAGAUCCUAACUUCUAGCAAUCAGGAUGAACCUGAGGAGGUUGUUGAAGAGGAACCGGUAAAAGUGGAGGAUAUGGUAGAAUCUGUCAAUCAGUCUCUGAAAGAUUUGCCUAAAAAAGUGAGAAAAGCAUUCAAACUGUUUGAGAAGUUCUGUAUUCCCAAUGACUGUGAUAAUAACAUACCUGAAGAUUUGUUGGAUACUUUAAGCGAAUUACCAGAAUUGACUAAAGUGUGUUUCGAAAAUUAUUCAACAUAUCCAGUGGUGUACCAGUACUUGUCGAAGGCUAUUCACCUGAUGUAUAAUAAUCCUUCUUUGUCUUCAUUACACAAACCAAAAGUAUUCUUAAGCUUAUUGAAAAAUCAUGUAAAUCUAAAUUCAAUACUGUCGAGUAGUAAAUUGCCUAAAGUGGCGGACGAUUCGAAAUAUGCAACAAGUAAUUUGUCUACUACUCAGGAUAAUUUACUAAAAGAAAAUUUAUUCAAAUUUCUAUUGGAGAUAGCUCAUGUUACUCCGAAACUCGUGUUCAAAUCGAUUCCUGUCCUAUGGAUUUUGGCUGCAUACAGUGGUACAAUGAGCUCACUUGAUCGAACUAUCUUGAAGUUAUUCUACGUAUUAGAGAAGUACUCACCAGGAUCACUACUUCAGUGCAAAUACAUCAUUUGGGGUCCAAAUGUAUAUAAACAUUGUCAAUUCGACGUACAAGGUAACAAUUUGAUUGAACCAACAUUAUUACUUGAACCAAAUGUAAAUACCUUAUUCACCAUGUUGGAUGAUCACCAGCUGUUAGAUUCAGCUUUUAACUUUCCCAUGUAUCGGAAAUGGUUUGCUGGUCCAAAUUCGUACUCCAGUGAUUUUGAGACCAUUGAAAUUAAUUCUACGCUUGAUCCAUGCUUUAUUCUACACGUACUGGAUUCUUAUCUUCGACAAUACCAAUGUCAACUCCAUGGUGACAAUGACGCUAUGAAGUCAAUUCAAUUUCUAAAGACAUUUUAUAUUAAAAAUUGUCUUAGUUAUGCCAUUGCUGGAUUAUCAAGUUAUUCGAAACACAUCAGAAAUAUGGCUAAAUCGAUUAUUGCUGUGUAUAGAAAGCUAAUUAAUGCAUAUAUUGCAAGCAGUUCCACACCGUCUACUACUGCCGCUACCACUCCUCCUGCUAGUACUACUAAAACUAAUACCAUUAGUAGUAGUAAUCACCAACCCUCCAAACUUUUGUCGGCGAAGCACUUUCCUGAAGGCCAACAGAUCGCUUUUCUUCUUGAUACAUUAAGAAAUAGUUUAUCUCACGGUGGUGGGUCUGUCUUUGGAGGUGGGAGUCGUAAAGCUAAACUGUUCCAUACACCUAUGGAUUCAGGUGGACGUUUAACAAAACUUCACGCUAAUUUCUUCAUUAAAGCCUUGAAUUUAUUCAGUCGCCCUGAAAAUCCAAUGUUUCAGCCUAUUUGGAAUUGUUUACUCGCAAAAGCUGCAGUCGAUUUAAGACAUGUGCCUGAAUUUUUGAGACUAUUCUUUUCUACUAAUAAUAAGUUCAAUCUUGAACGUCAGUGGAUUUGUGGGGUAUGUGUUUCUGGACUAGGUGAUCCCGCAGAUUAUUUAGUUAUGGAAAGUUCUUUAGUAUUCAAACAUGUCUUAACUGCAUAUUCCCUUCCUUCAGCGGACAAUAAUUUCAAGCUAUUGGUAUUGCGACUACUUGUCAACGCUACAAAACAUACUCGGAUUGUGCACGCCUUGAUUAGAUUUCAUGCUUUACCGCUUUGGCUUUCUCGUCAUGCAGCAUUGAACAGUUCUGCCGAGCAAAAAAGAUUAUUUCUUUGUAUCCUGGAAAAUAUUCACAAUGCACUAGUCACAAAAUCCUCUAAUCAACCUGUUCUGGAAGUGUUGAAUUUAAUUGGAGAAGAAUACUUUGCGAAAAACGACCUCAAGGAUGUAAAGGCGAUCACAAUUAUCCCUUCUGAAAGUUGA